AUGCAGAACGAUGACGGCGCUCACGCCCUCAUGGAUGGAAUUCAGCCUGGUGUCUCCAAAGCGAGAAAGACCAACUCCCAUGAAGCAACUCCCAUGAAGCAACUCCUACGAAUCACUCACGAACCACUCCCACGAAUCGACUCCCACAAGACCGAGUCCACAAAAACGACUCCCACAAGACCGACUCCCACAAGACCAACGCCCACGAGCCCACUCCCACAAAUCAACUCCCACAAGACCGACUCCCACAAGACCGACUCCCACAAGACCGACUCCCACAAGACCGACUCCCACAAGACCGACUCCCACAAGACCGACUCCCACAAGACCGACUCCCACAAGACCGAGUCCACAAAAACGACUCCCGCAAGACCGACUCCCACAAGACCAACGCCCACGAGCCCACUCCCACAAAAUUAA